AUGGCCUGGACUCUAGUUACUACGAUCAUCCCACUUCUCCCGCUUCUCCUUUUCUAUCUUUGGAAAAAAGUCAUAUAUUACCGAACGAAACAAUAUGCCUGGUUGCCCCAGCUUCCACCAUCGCUACUAUGGGGCCAUUUGUCCACGAUCGACAAACUCGUGAAGACAAACCCACCAAAUAUACACAUCGGUCGGUUGCUAGACAAAAUCCUGAAAGCCAUGUACGAUUGUCUCGGUAAGCCUGCGUUAUUUGUUGUCGAUUUGCGACCAGUGAGCCAUCCCAUGUGCGUGAUCUGCGAUCAUGAUGUUGCAGAGCAAAUAUCGAAAAGCUCGAAGCUGUUUCAGUACAGUCCUCCCAAGUCACACAUAUCUCGCUGGUAUAGUGACAUGAUGGGCCGACUCUCCAUUGUUCUUUCAGAGAAUGAAGAGUGGAAAAGCCUUCGCAAACAGUUCAACCCGGGAUUUGCCCAUAAGCAUCUCAUCAAUCUGAUGCCAUGCAUUCUGGAAAAGACACAGCUUUUCUUGACGAAGCUUGAUCACUAUGCCGGCACUGGCGAGGAGUUCGCACUGGAUGAACUAUGUACAAAUUUGACGUUUGACAUUAUCGGCGCGGUCACCAUGGAUAUUGAUCUGGAUGCUCAACUCGGAGAAGAGCACCAAAGUCCAAUCGUUCGACUCUUCCGCAAACUAGGCUCAACGUAUCGUUCCGGCUACCGCGGAUGGAAAUUUUUACUCCCCCUCCAGCGAAAGCUUCUUUCUCGUCAGCUUGGUGCGCACAUCAAAGCGCAUAUCAAGGAACAAUUUGAGGGGCAGUCAACUUCACAAAAUCCGUCUCGCAGUGUUCUUGGUCUAAGUCUAGUCGAAACACAUGAAUUAACGCCUGAAGUUCUAGACCGGACCUGCGAUCAACUCAAGACUUUCCUAUUCGCUGGCCAUGAUACAACAAGCAUCUUGCUACAAUGGACAUUCUACGAACUAGCUCGGACCCCGCAUGUUUUGCACCGUGUUUGCAUGGAACUGGAUGAGAUCUUUGGUCCCAACUCGGACCCAAUCCAUAUCCGAGAUCAACUAUUAGAACAUGGAGAGAAUGUUCUCCAAAGAAUGAUCUAUACCUCCGCCGUUAUUAAGGAAAUUCUUCGUCUAUAUCCACCAGCUGCGACAGCGCGAUUUUCCACCCCAAACACUGGAUUGAGUGUUCGACUACCGAAUGGUCAAGAUAUAUGCCUGGAUGGUUUUAUGCUCUACAACUGCCAGAGUAUCAUACAGCGUGACCAAGCCGUAUAUGGUGACAAAAGCGAUCAGUUUAUUCCCCAACGCUGGUUGGAAACAGGCUCCACUAUACCGGCGAGUGCUUGGCGGCCUUUUGAGCGUGGUCCGCGCAACUGCAUUGGACAAGAGCUGGCGAACAUCGAAGCACUUGUGAUCCUCGCAUGUGCGACACGGCGAUAUGAUUGGGAGAAGGUAGGACUUGGGUCAACUAAGCGGGAUGAAUCAGGUGCGCCGAUUGAAAAAGAAAACGGACAAUACGAAGUCCAGUCAGAGCUGUAUAACACACUGGAGAUUACCUCGAAGCCAGUGGAUGGAAUGAGGAUGCGAGUGAAAAUAGCAAGAACAUAA